AACAAGGUGUUUUUAGACAUUUAGCCUACUUACAGGGCUUUACAUGGGUUGCAACCAGUCAGGGAACAUGGUCCAUGCUUUUGUUUUGCUCACAUUGUGUUUGUGGUGUCUGGUUGGUGUGUUUGGUGUUGAUACAGAUGAAGUGAAGUCAGUAUCAGUGAUGAAGGGAGAGUCUGUCACUCUAAACACUGAUGUUACUGAAGCACAGAAAUAUCUGCUAAUACAGUGGAUGUUUGGAAGCACUCGAAUAGCUGAAGUCAACAGACUCACGCAAACCAACUCAACAUAUGAUGCUGAUGAGAGAUUCAGAGACAGACUAAAGCUGGAUCAGACCGGAUCUCUGACCAUCACCAACACCAGAACCACAGACUCUGGAUGUUAUCAACUAAACAUUGUGAGCCAAGAGACCAGCUCCAUGAGAUUCAAUCUUACAGUCUAUGAAAGAUCAUCAAGCCCCAAUUGUGUGUUAUCCAGCUGUGCAGUGAACAAUUCAACCGUAAACCAGACUAAGGAUGCCAACAUUACUGAACUCUAUGAGUCGAGUUCAGACUGCAUCCACUGUUGUGGUUUUACUGAAGCUGUGAUCCGAUUGGCUCUCUCUGCUCUGGUGGGCGUGGCUGUUGUUGCUGUGCUGGUUUAUGACAUCAUAUCUACAAGAAGUGAGCUGAAGAGGACAGAAGAGACCGAAUAUCUCUAUCAGACCCAUGGAGUAAAAUCAGACCAACAGUAUGAACGGAGCAGAAGGUUGAGUUCAAGAUAUGUUUGCUGAAGGUUACUGGUAUAAUCCAAAAAAAUAUAAAAAAUCAUGCAUUAAUACUAAUUUUCUAUGCCUUCACAGCUAUUUUUAACAGAUUAUGUUUAAUUCAUUGGCCAUUUAUUGAUUGUAUAUGCACAGAAUAUGAUUUUUAUUAAUCUAUUAAAUUAAACAUAUUACCCAAAACAAAUAUAUAAUUAGCAACACAAAUAAUGGUAUAGAAUGAUCUCACAAGCUUUCUGUUUUCUGUUGCACUGUUGACUCUCACAGAUGAAAUUAGUGUGCAUUUUAAUGAAGAUUCGGUUUUACACGUUUUUUUCUGUUCUACUGUCCACUCUUAUAACAUCAUUAAACAUUAUAAUUCAUUAUGUAGCAGUUGUAUAAGUGUUUCACUGAAUUCACAUAGCCUAAUACACGAGCAGAAGUGAAACCUUAUGACAAUUAACUGUACAGCAAUGUGGUUUGGUCUGAGGGGUGGGCAAAUUGUUUGUGAAGGAGUUCAACCAGAAUUAAGGACACUUAAGUGCCACUUCAGAUCCUCCUAGAAGUCUAAAGCAGUUUAAUUUAUUUUAAAGACAACAGAUCUGUUUAAUAGGAAUUAAGAAAACUCUUAUACA